AAUAUGUCAGAGAUAGGUUCAACGUUUUAUGAUACUAUGAUUUAUUUUUUGGCAGAAUGUAAUGGAAUUGAUAGAUCAAUAACAAUGAACUGGGCAGAAUUCCUCAUCCUUGGUUGGAUUUUGGUUUUAGUUCAAACACCAUAUGUUGUACCUACUAGGAGAGAUGAUGUUGGUAUAACAGUAGGAACGCCCUUAAUAACUUUGGUUGGUGGAAAGAUAGGUGACAAAAACGAUCAGAAAAAUAGCAGCAAGGAAACAAAGCCGGUUUCUGACUCAAGGCUCGUAAAAGGGAGAAAAGAUGAUAAUGAUGAUGAUGAUGUCGCGGGUGCAGUUUUGGAAGACAAUAUGUCAAACAAUUACGACGCUUCAAACUUUGUUUCAACGGAAGGAGGGAAUGAAGAAGAUGGCCUUAAGCCUGAAGAGGAGGUCUUAUCGCCUUCAAGACUUACAGAGAAACUUUAUGGGUUAUUAGAAAACCAAGACGCAGAGAUGUCUGGAUCUCAUACAGAGAAGGAUCCUUCGGGAAGCGAGAUCCUCACUGGUCCCAUGGAACAAGCGAUUGCUAAUAAUAACGGCACGUUUAUAUAUCAAAGUAAAGGACAGACAGCAAGUUCUGUCAGUGACGAGGAACAUACAUCUCUUGGAAGAGAAGAUAAAUUAAUGAGUGUACGGGUACGGCAACAACUAUUAAACGAUCCUCUGGCCAAAGUAUCGUAUGUGUUAAACCAAGGAAGAUUUAAUCCGCAUCAGGUAUUACAAUCACAUCAAAAUGGAGAAACUGUUAGUAUGAACAGUGAUGAUACUUACAGUGACUUCGAAAAAGGUGAAACUGGUAAUCAAUCGGUGAUCGAAGAAGACCACAAAGGUUUACAUGAAGUCAAGAUGACUUCAAACAAUUCCUCUGAUGAUCCUGAUUUAGAAAUGGAUAGCGGCUCUGCCUCAUGGCAGGAUCCAAACGAAGUGAACCCGUAUUUUAAUAAAACACUCGAUACUACGACGCCUACAUUGUACCCAAGUGAAAUGACUCCCGAGAUUUCGAAUCAGUCAGUGGUAUCUGAAGAAGCUGGACUCACUAAUUCGUCACAAGGUUUAAACAGCCAGCUUCCAAACCUUGUAGAAAACGUUGUAGAGCGUCUGGGUGAAAAAGGAUCCAAGUUCGUUUCAGUGGAACUAGCAAAACAUCCAAUAAUUAAAGAUGUUUGGGCCAACGCGAUUGCACAAGCUCUCGUUAAAGAAAGUAAUAAAAUAUCUCAGCUUGAACUCGAGAGGAAAUCAGAAAACGCUUCGUCCAUAGACUAUGACCCCAGAAGGAUCACUGAAUCAUUAAAAAGCUUGUCUAACCUGACUGAAGAGAGAGUACAAGCUCAGUCCAAAACAAAACCCAGUUAUGAAAAUGCUGAUAGUUCAAUGGCGAUCACUCAAAUGAAGGAAACAGUACAUGCAGUAGAGCAGGGACUUAAGGAUGCGCCAAGCAAAAAGCCAAGUAGGGCAAGUGCUGACAAAAAACUGAUGUUAAAUCAAAUAAAUGGUCCAGCACGUGCAGUAGAGGCCAUGCUAAAAACUGAGUCCAAAACAAAGGCUACUAACAGAACGGCUGGUAGUCCACCGUUGUUAAACCAAACGAAAGAAUCAGCAUACGCAAUGGCAGUCAGUAAUAGAACUUUGUCACCUUCUGUCCACGAAACACCAAGAUUUGGACAUGAAUUAUCCAAUAAAACACCAGUGCCUGCUAGACAGGAUAACUUGAACAUUACGAUUCAUAAUGUCCAGGACAGUGUAAGCGCCAAAGAAGGAGGCCAACUGGAGGUAAUGAAGAGACCUUUUAAUAACGUAAUAGGAAGGGGAAACAAUCAGCCUUAUUUUGUCUCUAAAAGCGGCGAACGACUUGCAGGUGGGAACGACAUGAAAACCAGCGGUCAACAAGUCUUUGGCAGUAAACCAGGUCUGACGCCCGUUGGAUUCAUUUCCAACAAAGAAAUCCCAACACAAUUCGAAGGUCUUACUAAAGAAUACUUAUUUGAUAACAAGCCAAUUCUGACAACCAAUAAAUUGAGUUCAACAAGAUGGGCAGGAAUUCGUGAAGAACAAAGAGUUCAAAGUAGCUCAGAUUUGGCACCUCCUGCUAAAGGAACAGUUUCAGGAGCAUCUGCAGAUCGGGUCAUAGAUGCGCCUUUUCUUUACAGCAACUUCACUAGUUUGGAUCCUGACGAGACAAAAUACCUGCAGCUGAAUCUCAUGAAUGAUCCAGUGGCGAAGGAAGGGUUUUCCGAUUCCGAUGGUCCCUAUGGAGGUCAACAACAGCUACAAGAUGAAGACGCUCAAGAAGCUAGUUAUAUUGAGCGCCAAAUAAACGACGCCGGGCACAUCGUGGGAGAACUUUUACCCAGCCUUAACAGCACUAUGUCGAGAGACAGCAAUAGUGAAGCGAGCUACAUUUCGGGUCAAAUUUUGGGUGAUCCUUUUGCCAAAGCUGAACUGGCAGAAUCAUUUGCAGGAAAUAAAAAUUUGAUAAAUAAAGAAAAUAGAGCAAACUCUCAAAUCAUGGCUUCAGUUUUCAAUGAGGACAAGGUAGCUCCGAGCUCUGACCAACACGGAAACAGUGCAUUUCAACAUCGUCCCCACUCUGAUACUUCACACCCUUUUUCCAGUGAAGAAGUUGCAAGUUUGGGAACGCGUACUUCUCCGUAUAGUAACGACUUCAGCUAUUGGGAUGCCACAAAAAUGCGAUCUGAUGGAGGUCAGAUGGUUCUAAGUCCAAAAACUGUUUCAGAUAUUUCAGCUGUGGAUCUUGCCCCAAUAAGUCAUCUCGAGGGUUUUCAAAACGCAUUUAACUUGAACCAACCAAAGACCUUUAUGUAUCAACCACUAGAUGAGGAGAAUGAUCGAACGGAGUUAAUGACCGGAGGUGACUUAACAAACGAUGUGGCACCACAAGGAGCGAAUCCUUUUCUGGCAGCAACGGUGCGUCCGCAGAAGAAACAGCUGAUACACAUAGAGAAAACAAACCAUGGCAGGAAGACACAUCGGAAAGCAACUACCAAUUCAUCAUCCUCAUCAAGUGCGCUCAGUAAUUUAUCGAAGUUGAAAUAUAUCAAGACGUCGUCCAAGCAUUUUGUCAUUAGGAACAAACCAACAAAAUCAAGGGAUCAACCAGGGACUCGAGAGUCUGAAAUAAGUCCAACUUCGGUCAUAUUUGGACUUACUGCAAAUGAAAUGAAAGAGCUUGAAAAACAUUUGGCUCACAGACCGCAAAGUUUAGGCGCUAUCGCAGAACAUGGCAGUGUUCAGAAGGGAGCACCUGCAACUAAAGAGUAUUACAAUACAAGGACGGAUGAAGAGCAGGGAAAGUCAGACGCUUCCAUGAAAAGGAUUGUCGAUGCGAUAUUGAAGCAGCGAAAGCUGAACCACAAAGCGAGAGAAACAAGUCGAAGAGCCCAUACAGUAUCACACAAAAGGAAGCACGCCAAGCUAUUGCCUCAUAAGUCUUUCCAAACGUUUCAUAAACACAAGAAAAUUAACCAUGGCUUGAACAACAAGAGAGAUUUAGAGUCUUGGGAGUCUUCAACUGACGUGCUAAACAGCGAUCUAGAUCAGAUACGUGGCCUUAGUCCAAAGGCUCAGGAAGAUAUCUCAAAUGUCAUCAUGAGAGAUUUCGAAGGACAACAAAGACAUGCUAAAGGGAUGGAAACGUUUCCAUUUGAUGAGAGGGAUCCUGCUUAUGCUUUUGAACGUUCAUUAUAUAACCAGGUGUUGGACAAGACCUUAAGACAUCUCAUGGGUUCUCGGAAAUACAGUCAAGGACGACUCACAGACGAUGAAAAUAUAGAAACUAGAACAGAUAAGCUUCACAAGAAAAGCGAGGCUCCCGAUGGUGAUCAAUUCAAAGAUAUCAAUUUGAACAUUUCUGUUGUAAAGAAAGGCAAUAAAAUUCUAAAUGGUGAUGUGAUUCCGCUUGAUGACGUCAAAAACGACCUAGCUCAAGGAUUGUUACUCGAAACAUUGCGCAAAGAAAGCGAAGGUGAUUUGCAGUACGUAAACGCUGUACAAAAGCAUGACAUAAACAGAAUGAAAAACAUGUUUCAAAGUGCUGGUGACGAGAUUGGAAUCAAGAGGAAUUCAAGACCCGCAAAAGAAAGGCAUUCCAAAGUAACCAAGUUGGCAAAGAAGAGGGAUGUAAGUGAUUGGAAGACAGAGUUCAGUGACGGCACUUUUCGAAGCCCUGACUUUGAGAGACAGUUGUCGCACGCCUUGAGUCAAGAAAGCGAACAGGAUUUGACCUACGUGGAUGCGCUACAGGAUUUGGAUAAACAGGGAUUUAAGACAAUCCGCCAGCCUGAAGACCUGAUCGGUUCCCGAAGAGCUAUUUCACAGAGUUCGCUGCGUCAGGAAGCAGAACACAAAUCAAAAGAUGGCAGUCCCAGGGAAUCUCUUGCAAAUUCCCAAGAAAAACUAAGGGCUUUCAUGCAGAAUUCCAAAAGCAACGAUGAAGACGACGCCAAUGGAAAACGUGGAAACGGUGGAAAUGAAAAAUGGACAUCAUCUACAAUCAAUGAAAGUGUAUUUCGCGAUUUGACGCCAGAGGGGAAAGUACUGAGUUCCGAUUAUAAAGAUUUAGGAAAUUUUGGGUCUGAUGCUCAAUCUCAGCUCGCAUCGAUUUUACGAACUGCAAACAAUGGCGAUCAGAGAGAUUUAAAAGAGCUGGAAAAGAUGGAUAGCGACGAUGAAAAAGACGUAGAGAGUCUUUUCAAGUCAUCUUCAGAAAUCCUUAAAAGGUCAAUCGAAGGCAAACCAGUUGUGAAGAAGGAAGGUACGAUCGAAACUAUAGCAGACGUUUCAGAUCCUGGUUCAAAAGAAAAAGAGAUAAAUAUUGUUGUGAGCGGUGAUGAGGAAGAAGCAGGGUGGAGUGCGUGGUCCAAGUGUACUAAGUCGUGCGGCAAUGGCAGCAUGAAGACACGCUCACUCUACUGCAACAAGAGCUCGCCAUUCGACGCUAUUGUCAAAUGUCCCGGAUGGAACCACCAGACAGUACCCUGUGAUGUUCCAAAAAACUGUCCAGUGAAUGGUGGCUUUACUCAAUGGACAGAGUGGUCUGCAUGUUCAGAGUCUUGUGGUCCAAAGGCAGUGCGCAUGCGUAUGCGUCUAUGCACCAACCCUCCUCCAACUUUUGGAGGCAACGACUGCGCCGGGUGGAGAUUUGAAGUUGAAUAUUGUAAACCAAAGGAAUGUCCCCAUAGACCUGGCAUACCAGCACUGGAAGCAUCAAAAAAUAACAAACAAAUUAUCUUUAAAACGUUAUCGGCAACACCUGUUAUUGAGGAAAUGUCAAACCGUCUUCCAAGUACAGCACCCGACACGAGCAACACUGCAAGAUCCAUUGCAGGUUACAGUGGACUCGCGAACAUUGACCAAGAAAUGGCGCACAUGCCGUCUAUACAAUCAUUACUCAAUAUGCCGCAGCAAGGAAACGUGAGACAAAUGUCCAACGCACCGAACGUGUUUCGUUUCCAAAGAAUGCCAAUCCUUCGUCAGUUUACCAACAGCGCACCGGAAGCUCUUGAUUUUCCGUCUCGGCAGCUAAUGUCUGCCUUGCAGUUUCUGAAGCCAGGAAUGGGUUCCAUGCCACAAGGAGAACAACAGGAGACAUACGAGAACGGUGGUAAAACCAUUCACGUGCAAGGAGACAACGACGUCGGAUUCACACCAUGGAGCGAUUGGACGCACUGCAGUGCCUCAUGUGGACGCGGAAUUAAAACACGAUCGCGUUCGUGCUUUAGUGCCUUCAAUGCAGUAGGAAUCGACAACGCCUGCGUAGGACCAAAAGUACAAACGAAGCACUGCCGGAUACGAAGAUGCCCAGUCGACGGCCACUUCUCACCGUGGAGUGACUGGUCCGAGUGCUCCAAGACGUGUGGAUCUGAUUCGUACCGGAAACGCGAGAGAACCUGUACAGAUCCCCCACCCAGGUACGGUGGGGAGGAGUGCGAGGGUAGGUCUAUUGAAAGACGUCACUGCUUGAAGCCGCCUUGUCAACCUGCUCUGGGUGCUUUCAACAUGAGCAAGGUGUUCCUGCAAAAUUUAAAGUUCAAAAAUGACUCUUCCAAUUCCACUGAUGGAUUCACAGAAUGGGGCUCAUGGUCACAAUGCUCCCGGACCUGCGGUUCAAAUUUGUUGCGCGUGCGUAAACGUUCUUGCUUCAAACAAAACAAUCAGGGUUGCAGUGGAUCAACGUCAGAAGUGAAGCCCUGCAUUCUCCCUCGGUGUCCCGAGGACUUCAUUGCGAGCUUCAGAACAGAAGCUGGGCUUGCUGAAAUGACUUCUUCAAACAUCUCUGUGAAGAAUGAAUUUGACUGGAGCCCUUGGUCAGCUUGCACAAAGACCUGCGGUGUUGGAUCAUACCGCACGCGCGAGAGAACCUGUUCCCUAUCUAUACCGGAGGACUUUAAGAAGGUGUGCAUUGGUUCUGAUAUUCAGAAGGUCCCUUGUAUUGUACCCUUUUGUCCAAGAGCAGCAACAGUAAUUCCCAGUUCCACUCCGCAACAAGGGAAUGCCAUGAAAACAAUUUCAACUCUUUUCCUGAAACCCGCAAAUGCGCCUCUGGUCCAACCAGUCUACCCACUCAAAUCAACCAAUCAGUCUUCUGCACCAGCCAAAUCAACCAGUCAGACUUCCCUUUCCUCUCCGAUCGCCCCAUCAAAUUCUUCAGCUAUGGUAAAGCCCCCCUUUUCGUCAGGCGUUUCUGGUGCAAACUUCUCUGAUUGGUCGCCAUGGUCUAGGUGCUCAGCCACGUGUGGUCACCAAGCUGUCACGCAUCGGAAACGAACUUGUAAGCUGAUUGGUGCAAAGACUUGCCAAGGAUCUAAUACCGAAACAAAGCAUUGUCAAUCUCUUAGGUGUCCAGUUCAUGGCGGUUUUUCUCCUUGGUCUCAGUGGUCACACUGCGCUGUGACGUGCGGUGGGGCGCUUAAGCGUCGACAGCGUAGCUGCAGUAAUCCUAAACCAAUGUUUGGUGGGCGGGACUGCUUGGGAGAGAGGGUACAGACAAGAAGCUGUGGAACGGAAGCGUGUUCUGUGAAUGGAGGUUUAACAGGCUGGACUGCGUGGUCGACUUGUUCUAAGACCUGUAACACAAACACCGUGAGCAUCCGAGAACGUUAUUGCACCAACCCUCCCCCACAGGGUAAAGGAAAAGAUUGCGCUGGUCAGCGGAUGCAAGCGAGGGCAUGCGCAUCAUCAAUGUGCCCAGUCGACGGUGGUUUGUCCGAGUGGUCUUCGUGGUCUCAAUGCCGGCGCUGUGGACGAACACACAGGAAACGAUUUCGGUCGUGUACUAACCCACCGCCUGUGAAUGGCGGCAAACCUUGUACUUCUCCAGUUGUUCAAGUGCAAAGAUGCCCCGUCAAGCAAUGCAAAUCUACUUUAGGAUUUGGCCAGUGGUCUUCAUAUAGUCCAUGCUCCCAUUCGUGUGAUGGUGGAGUGAAAAAGAGGAGAAGAAGAUGCAGAAGACCACACAAGGGUUGUUAUGGACCACGGAUACAAAGGAGACGGUGCAAUGAACACAGAUGUCCUGAUGGGAACUACCUUGUGCGAGCUGAUCCUGUUGAGCUGUGUGGACAUAACCCAUGCAAGGUGGCAAAAUGCGUUACAAAUCCCUCGGCAAUGUGCGUCAGCAGAUUCAACUGUAAUCCGAUCUUCUUCAACAGAGAAGGACGAAUAAUUAAAUCGUGCAAAGGAAACUCCAUCGUUUUAUCAGUUCCUCCAGAACAAGUCUGCCGUUUUAACCCUUGUGAAAAGUCUGCAUGUUUCACCAGCCAAGCUGAGCGCUGCGCAGUAUCGUACAAAUGUAAACCCAUCUUCUUUGGAGCAGAUGGUCAAAGAUUGAACUGCAGAGAGGACGCAGAGGACUCCGAUUCAAACGACGAGGAAGGCAAUGACGUAAACAGCGAUACCGACGACGAAGAAAAGAGUAAUGACACAGAAAAAGACGAUGCGGAUGUUGAAGACAUUUCGGAAACAGACAGCGACGAUAAUCAUGAUGAUGAUGAUGAAAAUGACAAUAAGGGUAAUGACGAUGAUGAAAAAGAUACAAAUAGGCAGAAGAAACGAAAAUCGCACACGAAAAGUGAAGAUGAAGAUGGUGAUGAUGACGACGAUGAUUCUAAGGAAACCGAGAGUGAUGAUGAUAAAGAUGAUGACGACCAAGAUUCCAGUAACACCAGAAAGAAGAAUACCACUCCAGUGGUCAACCUGAAAGACGAGUCGUUACACGAUGGUAUGGUCAGCGGUAUGGGCUCGGAGAUCUCGUUCGUCUCAAAGCACGGACCUGCUAAGUUCUAUUGGCUGAAAGGCGGUGGCAAGGGUUCGAAUAAUCACACCGAAAUGCUUGUUAUUGAAGCAACAGAAAGUAAAAAGUCUUCUGUGUUAUCUUCUCCAACAUCACGAAGGCCAAAACCAAAGGAAAAGUCUAAGACACGACUCGUAAACGACAAGACUACUCGUCACCGCAGGAAGAUAUGAUGUGUCCAAUAAGAACUUCUCUGAUUUUACAAUGUUACUGUCAAAUACCAAUUAUCAAUGAGGCUGCGAGGUGUAGGUUUCUAACAGUAGUGGUCUUCUCAGCCAAUUGCCAACAGUCAUGAUAAUCAUGUUAAGAAAAUCCUUAUAAUCCUUGUGCUCGGAAAAGUGAAAACUUUUUUGCAAAAUAACUUCUGGCUUAAAACGUAGGCAUAUAUAUGUCGUGCUUCUGCUGUGACGUUAUUAACAUUUUGCAUGUAAGCUUAAGAGCUAGUUUUUACUGAUUAGUUUUCUAAGUACCCUUGAACCUUAUCUUGAUGGAAGUUUCCAUGCCUAUAGAUACAUUGUUUUGGUUUUGAAGACGAGGCAUUUUAAAAUUCUGAAAGUGCGCAACAGAUAUGACAACAUUUUUAAUUUAAACUGUUAGCAAUAGAGAAAAUCAGCUAGGAUAGUGGCUAGAACUUGCCUUAACUCUUGUUCUUCGGGCUGGAUUGCUGGUGCACUCGAACUUAAGUUAUCAUAUGGCGCGCUAACUUCGCGAUCAGGCAAGAUUAACCAAAUCAUGUGCUGAGAUUGGCUACCUGAGUGGCAUGCAAGAUGGGCUAUCUGGUGUGCUCGGAAUUGCUAACUAUACAUGUGUGCAUGCUACAUGUACAUUGUGCUCUGUGUGCCAUAUAUUGAAUCCUUUUUUGACCAAGCUUGUUGCAAUUAACAUGGCUGGAUUAUUAUUACUGGCCUUGAUCUUGUUUAUGUAUGGAACUCAUUAGACAUAAAUAAGCCGAAAAUAUCUUGGUCCUCAUCUUUUUUGGUGUAUGAACUCCAUCUUCCUGUCAUCUUGACUGAACAAGCUAAGUUAUUGACCCAUAUGUACUUAAAACUAUUACAGUUGUUUUUUUUAAGUGUUACCACUAAACAUUUAAUUGGUUAAAUCUUAUUUGUAAUAUUAUUUGAUAAUGCUGUUUAGUAAUAUGAGUAUUGUUCAUAAUGAAAUCAUAUUGUAGAAGUGAAUGGAUUUUAAACCAAAUUUCAGUAAAAGAUGAAAUUUUUCAACUUCGUGUUAUUGUCAUAUUGGACUCAGAUGUACAUGUAUGGAACACCUUGAAAAGUUACUAAGCUUAAAUUUCUCAACUCAUGGAGUUUUCAUUGAAUCUUAUUGCACAUGAGAGCUCCCUUCGACUAACAUGCCCCAGUUGCUGUGAACAUUAUGAUAGUAUUUUAUGCCUAAUGGCUGACUACCUAACUACCUAUAAAUUUCCUGCCAGAAGGUACGGAGAGGGAGGUUCGGUCCGGUCACAACAGACUUCAACUAAAAUAUCAAUCCGUGAAGGCGUGAAUGAAAGUGGAUCACAAUAUCCCGGAGGAGGGGUUCUCCCGCCUACCGGGGACACCGUUACGGCAUAUGUGAACAUUAUCGUCGAAUCGUAAUCUGUCCCAGCAGGAGCCAUAAUCGGGGACGGAGACCGUAAGUCUUGGGAUUCGCGCGCACCUAUGAUAUGG